UCAUUCCUGAAUCUAUUCAACGAAAGGAUCGACGACAAACCAUCCGGCGUGUUGAUCCCAAUUCCUCAGUAUCCUCUAUACUCGGCGACUCUGGCGGAGUUUGGUCUCGCUCAGAUUGGAUACUAUCUGGAUGAGGACAACAAAUGGUCGCUAGAAGUCGGCGAGCUGGAACGAGCAUUAAGAAAGGUCAAGGAUACAUGUAAUCCUCGUGUGCUGGUGGUGAUCAAUCCCGGUAAUCCGACCGGCCAAGUAUUGACUCGCAAGAACAUCGAAAAUGUCAUUCGCUUCGCCCAUAAACAUCACCUGUUUUUGUUGGCCGACGAAGUCUAUCAGUAUAACAUAUACGACAAAGAUAGCGCAUUCCAUUCAUUCAAGAAGGUCAUAACAGAGAUGGGCGAACCGUAUUCCAAGAUGGAACUUGCAUCGUUUAUGUCCAUCUCGAAAG